UUGUAAAGAAUCAUUACAAAUCACUCUAUAUAAAUCAGUGAUUUUUAUUUUGUUUCAUUAUUCUCCUGGUUGCUGUUCUCUUGUUUUGCCUGUCCAAUGAAAGAUGCAAUUGAAAAUGAAAUUCUUAUCAUCAUUUUUGUUGUUGGCUAUGUUAGCGUUCGUCUAUACCGAUGAUGAAUCGAGUAAAAAUUCAACAACAACAGCAAUAGAAAUGGAUAAUAAUAGCCAAAAAGUGAUUGAUGAAAGUAAUCGUUUGAUAAAAAAAGCUGAACUACUACGUCAAUUACAUCAUGCAAUUUCCUAUCAACAAUAUAAACAACUUGGUGAUCAAUGUAAUAAGAUUCGUAAUUUGAUACAUUUAACACAAACGGCUAAAAAUCAAUUGGAAUUUGAUGGUGCUAUCAAAGAAUUGGAAAAUGAAAAUCAAAGUUUAAAAGAUUAUUUAAGCCAUUUUCCCGAUAUUCCUGAUGAUUAAUUUAAUGUUUAUUUUACAAUGAUUUUGUUUAUUUUUUUCGAUCAAUUUUGAAAUUUUAAUCAAGGAAAAAAACCCUUAUACCCAAUAA